AUGUCAGAGCAUGGGCCCGGUGAUAGACAGUGUGUUUCCAAACUGGCAGCAGCGACCAAUGUGGAUACCCACAGCGGCACCAACAGCGGUGCGGGCAAGAAGCGCUUUGAAGUGAAAAAGUGGAAUGCAGUAGCCCUCUGGGCCUGGGAUAUCAUGGUUGAUAACUGUGCCAUCUGCAGGAACCACAUUAUGGAUCUUUGCAUUGAAUGUCAGGCCAACCAGGCAUCUGCUACUUCUGAAGAGUGUACCGUCGCGUGGGGCGUCUGUAAUCAUGCCUUUCAUUUCCACUGCUUCUCUCGAUGGCUCAAAAUGAGGCAGGUGUGUCUGCUGGACAACAGAGGGUGAGAAUUCCAAAAGUAUGGGCAUUAG